UAGCAGCUGUUAGCAUCGUGGUCAGACGAGCGUAGACGCUGCAGAGUGAAUCUUCUCCAAUAGACGAGUCAUCAGCGCAGUUCUUGUAGCUAAUAUUCCUCUUUAUAAACAUAUGUAUUAAACCACAUCGGCUUCAUUUCUUCAAUUAAAACACGGAGCUUCUUUAAGUCACUUCCGUGUUCGGUGACAACAGAUUUGAGCUAUGCCCCGCCUCCGUGUGCCUGGAGUGGCUGCCGGACAACUCGUGAAGCCAUUUCUCGUUCGUGAUUGGACAGUUGUCCUUUGAGUGACAUGUAACCACAAACCAGGACCCCCAGCUGCUCCAGAGGAAGGUUCGCUGAUAUUUCCUGAUCAAAGACAAGUUAAGAAGAUGAAGAGGGCCUGAGCUGUAAUAGAGAUAGUACAUAUGGAUUCCUCAUGUUGAUCUUUGCUCUACCCAGGCUGAGUAGAGCAGUGGUGCGUGCGAGGAGACUGGCAGCUCAACUCACCAAAGCAACAAUGUCCUCAAACCAGCCGGGCUCAAGUCUGCUCCGCAAUGGGGAUGCUCCCACUGCAGCCAUUCUCAUCAUUGGAGAUGAGAUACUCAAGGGUCAGACAGUGGACACAAACAGUGCCUUUCUGACACGAGCGCUAAGGAGACUCGGAGUGUCUGUGCAGCGGAUUACAGUCAUACCAGAUAUUCAGGAGGUCAUUGCCAAAGAGGUGGCCCUCCUUUCACCUCAGUACACACACCUCAUCACAUCAGGAGGCAUAGGCCCUACCCACGAUGAUGUCACUUUUGAGAGCAUCGCCAUGGCGUUCCAGGAGGAGUUGCAUCUCCACCCUGAGCUCGCUCAGUUGGUUAAAGAAUUCUUCGGUGAAGUGGACAAAAGCAGCGCCACGAUGAAGCUGGCCAUGGUGCCUCGCUCAGCCAAACUCAACUAUGGAACCGAUCCUCAGACUGGAAAACUGCUUCGCUACCCACUGGUCAGUGUGCGUAACGUGUUCAUCUUUCCUGGGAUCCCUUCUCUGUUGGAGAGGGCCUUCAGUGGUCUUGAGAAACUCUUUGCUGCUUCAGGGACCACUUUUCACACUUGUGAGGUGUUUGUGGAUGCAGAUGAAGCAGAGAUCGCCCCCGUGCUGACCAAACUGCAGGCUGGUUGGGGUAGGAAGGUGGCUCUAGGCUCCUACCCUGACUGGCUGAGUAACUAUCAUCGAGUCAGGCUGGUCCUGGACUCAAACAGCCAGGAAGAAGUGGACAAAGCCCGGGCACAGCUGCUGGACGAGCUGCCCAAGGAUAGCAUGGUGCCGUUAGUCACUGAUCCAGUGUCCAUCGCCACUGCUGAGGUGUACAUGCUGGCCAAUAGUGACACACCACUGGGAGAGAAAGUUAAGUCUGCUCUGAAAACGAUAGAGGUUGCACUGGAUCAGUAUUCGACUGAGGAAGUCUGUGUCGGCUUCAACGGAGGCAAAGACUGCACGGCGCUGCUGCAUCUCUACUACGCUGCAAUGAAACGACGGUAUCCAGAUGAUAAAGACAAGGUGAAAGCUCUCUAUAUCCGUAUCGUCUCUCCGUUCCCAGAAAUGGAGAGAUUCCUCCAGGACACAAUCAAAAGAUACGACCUGGAUCUGUUCUCUGUGGAGGGCAGUAUUCGGCAGGCGCUGAGCGAUGUACAGGAAAGGAAGCCAGAGCUGAGAGCCGUCCUGAUGGGGACCAGGAAGAGUGACCCCUACUCGCACACACUCACACCAAUGUGUCCCACAGACCCUGGCUGGCCAGACUACAUGAGAGUCAACCCCUUACUAGACUGGACGUAUCAUGACAUCUGGUCGUUCUUGAGGACGUUGUAUGUUCCCUACUGUAUCCUCUAUGACAAAGGGUACACUUCACUGGGCAGUAUGGACAACACCUGUCGAAACACGUCGCUGCAGAUGGUGGACGCGAGAGGCGUGACGCGGUACAGGCCUGCCUACCUCCUGGAGAACGAAGAAGAGGAGCGGAACUCCCGUGGCUGACGUCGCCUGUUGCUGAUGGACACAAAUUGCACAUUGGACAUUUUGUUGUAGUCUUCAUGUGAAUAUUUUUCUGUCUCGUGUAACUGCAGAAUGAGAUUGUGUGUGUGUGUGUGUGUGUGUGUUACCAGUGCGUCUUAAGUAAUGGCUCUGUGCUGUUGAAUAAAACAUCAAUCCGUGUCA